GAACAAAGCGACGGAAACACAAGAAGGCUAGGAAGAAGAGGACAGAAGCUUUUAAAUACCUCACCCCUGUUAUUACUACUCCUUGUAUUUCGACUCCCAGUGCCUUGUAGCCGCCCAGCAUGAGUGGGGACAAGGAACUAGCGGAUCUGAGGGCGCAGCGCAUGAAGGAACUCCAAGGCAUGCAGCAGCAGCAGCAGAAGCAGGAGGAGAUGCAGCAGCAGCAGCAGCAGGCAAUUAAUAGUGUGCUUAACCAAGUGUUGGAUCAGCAAGCAAGGGCCAGGCUCAACACCAUCAGUAUAGCCAAGCCAGAACGAGGGCGCCAGCUGGAGUCGGUAAUACUGCAGAUGGCGACAACAGGGCAACUGGCCGGCCGACUUAGUGAAGCUGAUUUGGUGGCGUUGGUGGAGAGAAUCAACGCACAGACACAGAAAACCACAUCUGUUAAGUUUGAUCGCCGCCGUGCUGCUGUUGAUGACGAUGAUGAUUGGUAACGCCCCCCCCCCGAAGACCCCCCGAGCCCCACACCUCCUCCCCCCACUCUCUCUCUCCAUAACCCCCCCCCUCUUUGACCCGUUGCUAACCUACCUCCCUAACCUAACCAGUCAGCCAGGCAGUCAGUGUGUCUGUCUGUAUGUCUUUCAUUGGUUAAGCUGAUGAUGAUGAUUAUCCGUGCCUCUGUGUGUGUGUGUGUGUGUGUGUGUGUGUGUGUGUGUGUGUGUGUGUGUGUGUGUGUGUGUGUGUUUGUGUGUAGUGCACAUGUUUAAACUUAAUUCAUAAUUAUCAAUGUUACUAUUGCUACUGCUACUAUUACUACUACUGCUACUAUUACUACUAUUGCUACUAUUAUAACCUAAUCUGCUACUAUUAUUACUACUACUACUACUACUACUACUACUACUACACUGCUGCUACUGCCACUACUACUACUACUACUACUGCCACUACUACUACUACUACUACUACUACUAUUACUAUUAGUGCUGCUUUAUUAUAUAUCAAGGAGUGUUGUUUAUUUGUCAGUUCGUGGGUUCACACGAGAGAGAGAGAGAGAGAGAGAGAGAGAGAGAGAGAGAGAGAUCCUGUGCUUAUGAAAAUAAAAUGAAAAUUAUUA